GUCACGGCUUCCGACUGGGGGGAGUGGAACGUCGAGCGAUUCAGCUUGAAGUCUUCCACGGCGAAAGACGCCCUCGCAACCGCCCUCGAUUUCAAGCCCGCGCGGCUGCCCGGAGCGGGGGGCGUGCUGCGGGCCGCGGUUGUCUCCACAGAGGCGCGGGCGCCGCCAUUGCCGCCCGCCGGCACGUGGCACGCUCCGGCGAAGGCCGCGCCGCACGGCCGGCCGCGGACGCCCCCGCCGCGCCCCGCCGGCGCGUGGCACUCGGCAGCGCGUGCC